AACUGACACACGAAAGUGGAAUUUGUUCUGGUUCGUUUUGUGGUUUAAUGAGAAGAGAGCUGGAGUGGUGUCAUGCUCUGUCAUGUAUUUUCGGACACACAGAUACACCCGCUCGUGUGUGUGUGUGUGUGUGUGUCUGUGUGUGCGUGUGUGUGAGAAGUAGUGCGCGAGCUACUGUAGUUUCUUGAGGAAAAAGAAAAGAGGAAGCAGUUCCGCCCUAGAAGCUGAAGCCUGGAGGCCGAGAAAACAGCCGAGAGAGGAGAAAAGAAGCCAGCGAGCAACACAGCCCCGCUCCGAAGCCGAAGACUACAGCACAAACACCGUGGGGUUGGCGCCUUUUACUUGUUGCUUCGGCAGAUGGACAGUUAAAGUCCAGCGGGACUGUGGUUGUCAGGUCUGGUUGUGUUGAAAACGCCUUUGUAGAGAAUGAGCUUCACGUAAAAGAAGUUUCAGUUCGAAGCUGCGGCGAUUAAACCGUCCAUGCGGGUGUCUUAUGCUAACAAUAACGUUAACAGGCGGGUCUACUCGAGGACUGGAUUUUUGAUUUUGUCGUGGUUUGGUUGUCUUUGGCUGCUGUUGGUGAACGGUGGGACUCGGGCCCUAGAAGGUUUCUGAUCAGGACAAAUCCCAGUUCCAAACCAGUAUGAGUGGAGAAGAGGAAAGAUUCAAAUUGGUGGUGGUGGGAGGAGGAGGGGUGGGGAAGAGCGCCCUGACCAUCCAGUUCAUCCAGUCCUACUUUGUGUCAGACUACGACCCCACCAUCGAAGACUCCUACACCAAGAUCUGCACAGUGGAUGGAAAGGAGACCCGGCUGGACAUCCUGGAUACAGCAGGUCAGGAAGAGUUUGGAGCGAUGAGGGAGCAGUACAUGCGCUCAGGAGAAGGCUUCCUAUUGGUGUUUGCACUCAACGACCGGGGCAGCUACCAUGAGGUGCAGAAAUUCCACACUCAGAUCCUGAGAGUGAAGGACCGGGAUGACUUCCCUAUGGUGCUGGUUGGAAACAAGGCUGAUCUGGAACAGCAAAGAGUGAUCUCCAGGGAGGAUGCUCAGGCAUUUGCCAGAGAAAACAGGAUCCACUACAUGGAGGCUUCGGCCAAGAAUCGCUACAACGUGGACGAAGUCUUCAUGGAGCUGGUACAAAUUAUCAGAAAGUUUCAGGAGAUGGAGAGUCCUCCUCCUCCAGCUCAUCACACAGGGAAACAGGAGAGUGGUGGCUGUCCCUGUGUCCUCUUCUAAGCACUGUUACUAUGAACACCAAAGCCUUGUCCGUGUGUGUGUGUGUGUGUGUGUGUGUGUGUGCGAGAGAGAGAGAUAAGGUGCAUCAUUUUCUUUCCAAAUGGUAUCAUUUGCACUUUUGCCAAAAGCAACCUUUAAAUCAGUGUAAUCUUUGAUUUGGAUGAGACGAUAUAAAGGGAGAGGGGCCAGCAGCAGUAGCAGAUUUAGUCUGGUGGACAAACAGAAAGUCAGAACUGUGGCGGAGUAAUAGUGACCUUACUGUACAUAGUUAGAAAUGUCAUCACACCAUCACAUGUUGAAGAAAUGACCAAAUUGCUGUUGGCACCGUGUCCUGCAGGUACAGAUGUCAGCAAUGACACCAUCACCACAGAGCUGACUGUGUUAGGCUGGAGAUAUACUGGCUUUUUAACCACACAUUUGCAUACACAACCAGCUGCAUUGAGGAUAUAACUGUUGACAUUAUUGCCUCUAUACUACAUUAUACUAUGUUACUGGAUGACUCCACUAGAAGGCACAGCGCAGAAUUCAGCACAAGCAGAACUUCCAGAUUUGUGUGACAUAAACAAUAAACAUGGCAACACUUGAGGCAGAGUCCUACACAGGUCCAUUUUUUAAAACCCACACCCGCCCAGACUCGUAAAGGUCAGAACCAGAACCGACCCAUUACUACCUGUCAUUAUGUAUAAGUCAAAGCCACCCCCGCCCACACCUGUUCAUAGAACUCCCGCGACCCGACCCGCAAUUGUGAUUAAACACACACAGGCUACAGUCACUCACAUUAGGCUGGGUUCUCUGUUCUUGGAUUACAAAUCCAGCAGAGGAAAAGUCUCUUUCACUGGCUGGGCUUGAUGCUAAAAACAUUGAUGGUGAAAACAUUCUGCACAAUUACUGCCAGGUUAGGAAACAAUUUAGCAUGCUUUUCCCACCACCAUUAAACCUCAAAAGGAUCCUUGGGUGUCUUGAAUUCGAUAUGGGCUGCCACCUCAUCCUCGGGCUGCAAAGUUUCAUGGCUGGAGUCCUCCACUUCGGUGACAAAGAUGAUGACAGGGUCAAAGGUUGAACUUGUGUUACUGACUUUCAAAAUAAAAGGAAUUGAGGCUUGAUAAUAGAGAUUUAGAUGUCAAAGUAUUGCACAUAUACUGCACAUCUUUUUCAUUUGUUUGAUUCUGAAACAUAAAAAAUGUAUUUCUCUUCUCACUUGUUGCCUGGCCGCAUAUAGUUCUGUUUUACCUGUGCCUGUACCUGUGAAUUUAUAUAUAUACACAUAUUUUUACCUGUUACACGGCUUUUGCUGGUUACCUGGUGCAGGACUCUGACUUGAGGAGGGUACUACUGAGGACAGUGGUGCCAUCAUAGGUAGUAUGUAUCAAACACACUGUGACAAUGGCAAGUAUGUUUCUCUCAUUCUGCCAUCACUGCCCCUACCAUUCAUGUGUGUAUUGCAUCUUGCAUUUGUGGACAUGCACAACCAACACUCCAAACAGACGCAGGGUACAUGAGGUAGCCAUCAUGCACAUGCGAAUGCUUAGUUUAAAGGAAGUGUAUCUCCAGCCUUAGACUGUGUUUGAAAAAUGACACAAUUAUUUCCAAUCAUACGGUGUAGUGUACAAAAAUGGACAUGUCAAACGUGCAAGUUACAUUUUAACUUGCUCAUGAAGUGUGGCAUGCCCACAGACAAGCCAUGACAAUCAUGUGAUGUCAUCGUCCAUGCCUCCCUGCAGGGGGCAGCAGAGCACCACAACAGGAGUCUUAAAGGAAAGGGGGUAAUGUAGUAGCAGUUCCAGGCUGUAGUUAUGAUUCCAGCCGUGUUUGUCUUUAGGUACCUUCGCCCCAUCUUCCCACCUGCAUUGCCAUAAUGAGACAGAAUACUGAAAACAUCCCUUAAAUACCAGAUGUCAGUUCAAGGGCCUGAUCAGACUUAACAUCAUCCAGAUAAAAGACCAUUGUAGUAUGGGUGAAAAAGAGUUUAAUUCAAGGUUGCAGGAACUUCAGCCUGGCAGUGCUGUCGUUACGACCACAGAAGUUGUUUCUUUCAACAUCUGAGUGGUGGGCAACAUGUCGACACAAAUACUCUAUUGAUGUUCAUUGUUUUGGUGAUAGGUUGCCUGCAGUCUGGUACUGUCUUUUUUUAUCCAUUCAUUUGGUUUUACAUCUACUUCAGCAGUGUCUAAACUGAGGUUUAUGUGUAAUGAUGUUGUUGUUUUUUUCCACAGAAAUUAAGUAAUUAUUCGGUGAAAGUUCAUUCUUGACCUCAAGUACAGCAGUUUACCAAAAUAAUCCCAUGUCAAGGUUAGCUUUCUCUAGAGCUUUCAACUGCAUUAUGUGGUCUUCAUGGGAUGAUGAGGGGAGUCGUGAUGGAGUUGGUUCAGUUGUCAUGUGACCUCAGUGCAGUACUUCAGUCACGUAAUGGCAGGUGGUGAUAUGCAGGGAGAGACUGUGUGAUGUGAACGAUCUCCCAGUAGAUGGUGAUGCUGAAGGAUGUCUUUCUGGCGUUCAUUCAGUCUCUUGUUCAGACUUUUUGCUGUUCCACUGAUGUAGUGUUCCCCUCAGCUGUUAUACGUGAGGUUGUGAUGAUGUAAUACACCUCUCUUGUCUUCUUCACAGGGGAGUUCCUGUGUUUAGGGUGUACCAGCAGGGAUCUUACGGUGUUAAGUGGUUUGUGGUAAGGGCUGACUCCUUGACUCCUGGAAGUAGAGAAUCCCUAGUUCCGGUCACUACGUCCAUUUGUGCUAUUAAGUCAAAGGCUUUAUCAAGUUCACUUGAAAAGUGGGAAAAAAAUAUCUCACAGAGUAGCCAAAUAUCCACUUUCCUAUCUGUCAUUUGUUAUGCUUUGGUUUUUACUUCUUUUUCCUUAUAACAAUUGAUUUGUUUAUCAUCAUCAUCAGUUUUAUAUUAAAAGAAAAGUCUCUUUUAUACACCAAUAAAAAAUGAACCAAA